AUGGUGAUAUUCUUCGAGAGGGGUGUGGAGGUUUGGGUCUUUGAAGCCCGAUUUGAAGUUGGUUCCGAUGCGCCCUUAGGUCGGAACGCGCCCGGUCCCAGCUAUGACCGAACCAAAGAGUUCUGGCAAGCCUCAGCACUCCGACCGCACGGUCUUAACAUCGUGAAGCGUGGUACCAGACUCAUCUCGCGAUCAACGAAGCCCUCCGCGAACAACGUCGUUACUCCACCGAAAGCUGCCGUAGCCGCUCCCAAUGCGAGGAAAGACGAAGUACAUCGACGCCGAUACCCCUUCAAUGAUAUGCUGAAGCGCAAAAGCGAAGGUGCGGUAUAUCUCGAAAGAGACACUGCACCUUCAGGGCCUAGCAAUGAGCUUUACAGCAAGUCGGAAAUGGCGUCAUCAGGCGACGAUGCGGUAGACACGCGCAUGGCACACAAAAUCGCGGAUCUGGAGAGAGCUCUCGCGAUUGCGAAGGAGGAACAGGACUUGGCUAGGGAGGAGUUGGUGAAAGUGAGACAAUACAGGGAAGAAGAUCGACAUGCGAUUGAGGAACUGAGGGCGCAACUCGCUGAGUCGAGCUCGCAUACGGAUCGAGUCCCACCGGCACAGCUCGAAGAAAGGAUCGCGUCGCACGAUAAUACGCGCCAACACCGCCUCGAGCGACCACAGUCGAACGGCGAGGCAGACGACCUACGAUUACGCCUCCACGCCGCCGAGAAGGAAUCACAAGAGAGGCUCCAGCAGCUUCUCGCACUGAAGUCAAGCAUAUCUUCGCUCACACGUAUGGAUGCGCAGAUAACGGAUAGCGAGCUCGCAGAGUCGUUCUCACAACUUGCAAAUCGCGUGCGCGAAUGGACUGUGUCGAACUUCAGGCGAUCGAAGUUGAACCUUGACAGCCUUCCGAAGGAGACGGAGGAAGUUCUCAGCGCGCUGAAUCCGCUGUACAGUGUUAAUAUUCGCAGUACGGAUAAGCUUGCGCUGUAUCAGGCUAUUGUGUCGAAUUCGCUUAUGCAGAUCUUCGAUGCUCCUAUUGUGUUUGGGCUACCUAGCACAGGUCCUUUUGCUACAUUGCGACCACUCGCGGAGCACACACGGCAUCUGGGUAUCACAUAUCGGGAAUGGGUGCGCGCUACCGUGCAGGUACUCGAACGCAGCGAAGUGAAGCGAGACGUCGAUACCGAACGAGAAGCCUCAUUACACAGCCUCACCGGCGAGAUCAGCCACAUACUCUUCACGCUGACAUCCGUCAGCCUUCUACCAUCCGCUCAGUCAGUCCUCACUGGGAUAUUGAAGGAUGCCGUGAGUCUGCAACGCACACUCGCCCUGCAAAAGGCGCGCUACCAGCUACUCUUCUUCCGCUGUCAAGACGCGAGUAUGCAGUUCGAUGACCGCACGAUGGAAGCUGUCAACGACGUUGACCCUGCUGUGGAAGAUGGUACUGAUAUGGAUAUGGAUCGUAGAUUCUUGUUCUGUGCGUUCCCGGGCUUGGUCAAGUGGGGUGAUGAGUGGGGAGACCAUGCGGAGAUGAGUAAUGUGUUGUUGAAGGCGAGGGUGUGCUCUGGUGUGAACUGA